AUGCCAUCAGCGCCGAAGCAGAAGCAAAAUGCUGCUGCGAGGCCAACCAAAAGGGGUAACUGGGGAGAGGACUAUCUCAUGACGAAUCCGAAAUCGGCUCUGGUCAACGCGGAUCUUGUUAAGCUAUUCUCCAACCCCAAAGCUUGGGAAUGUCUCGACGAAGAGGAGAAAAAACAUCUCUUAUCACUACUACCAACGCACAUACAUCCCAACCCGGAUCCCGAUCCUGAUAAUCCCGAUGCCAAAAUCCCAGCGUUACCAGAUGAUUUCCUUCGCUACGAUAACAACUGGCGAGGCGCGCUGCGUAACUUUCAGUCCGAUCUAGAAUCUGGGCGAUACAAACCAGCAUGGCAGCGCCAGGCAAAACAGGCAGUCCAGGACCGCGCCGAGGGGAAAUACGAUGACUUUAAAGAGCGCGAGUUUGAACAGUUCUGGGGCCAGAAGCAGAAGAUCAACCAUGGUCUCAUUGCCGGCGAGAGCUCCAAGGUCAAAUUGAAGACUCUAAUCGAGCAUGGGGUUGUGCGUGUGGGGGAUGUUUGGAAGUAUUCGCGCCUUGUUUCUUCGAAAAGGACUGGCAAGACGGGGCAGGUUCUUGUUGAGAAGGAGACCAAGAUCAUAGCUAUUGAUGGCGCGAAUCUAUCCUUCCUAGUACCUGCUGGUCAACGCACCUUUCUCUCCAGUCUAACAGCUCGAGAUCCAGAAGACAGUAUUCCACUAGAAGAACGAAUACCUUCUGAUUCGAAUACAGUCCAUGAGCCUCAGGCAGACUCUGGACAGGUUGAAAACCCAGAAUCAAACAACCACGCCCAACAAGAUCACCCAGUUCUUGACUUGCCCGUUGAGGCUACCAGAGAUGAUGGCCACGAAUCCUCAAAUCGACCAAUUGGAAAUGUUGACAAGGAUACCGAAAAGCCUCCAGUAAACAUCUCCCUCGAUCCUCCAAAGGAAGAUGUUUCGCGCCCUAAAAAAGCCGCAAGGGCAUCAAACAAGCGCAAAAUAGCCAGUGUUGGCCCCAGAACCACCCGAUCCAAGGCUGCGAAAAUCGAUGCACACUCUUCGCCAUCUCCAGGGCGCCAUACAAAGAACAAAAUAAUACCUCACGCAGAACCCGCGCCAAAAACAGAGCCAGAAUCUACGCCUGCCCCUGCAGAGACGUAUCCUGGGCUGGAUGUUUCUAAUUUCCUGGCAGGUGCCAUUGAGGUUGCCUCGAAUUCUGCAGGAUCCAACAAAUCACCAGCAGCUCUUUCUCGUCAUGAACCUGCUGAGUCAAUAAGGAGAUCGCCAUCACCCUGCCCUCCUACAAUUUUGGAGCAUCCUCAGGCCGAAACUCAGCACCAGCCUGAACAACAAAACCCUGACGUCGCCUCCCCUACUCAACCUGGUUUGGAACCGCUCCAAGCCAAGCCAGAGCCUGUCUCCGAUUCACCUGGCCCUUUAGAAACCACGCUACACAGAAUCGCGGGACCUACUGCGCUGACGAAAAAGAUCCAUGAAAUUGAUGGCCGCGUCAGCAACCCAUCGAAUGGCAAUGCCUGGAAGGAGAUCCGCUGUUACCGAGAUAACCAGGACAUGGGCAGUUUGUGGGAAGUGCGACAGGCUUGGUACAUCAAAUUUCAGCAGUAA